AUGCCAGCCGGGGGAGGAGAAGCAAGCAAGCAUGGCCGCACGGGGAAGGAGCAGAGCCACCCGCCGGCGAUCCGCCGCCGCGGCGAGUCCCGUCCCGCGCCGCCGUUCCCCGCCGUAGCUUCUCAGAAGAGGAGGAAGCAGGGGAAGCAGAGGCAACCGCCGGCGGCGGCGGGGAGCGUCUCCUCCGAGGGCCCCCUCGUCGAGAUCCUGGCGCGGCUGCCCUACCGGUCGCUCUGCCGCUUCCAGUGCGUCUCCAAGCAGUGGGGCGAGCUCUGCUCCGACCUCAUCAAAAGCAUCAAGACGGCGCCGCAGACCCUCUCCGGAUUCUUCCACAACAACUUGGCCGGCAGCCUCUGCUUCAGCAAUUUGUCCGGCGGACGGCCGCUGGUCGACGCUUCGCUCCCGUUCCUGCGCAAGACCUACCAAAGAUUCAAGCUCCAGCAAUGCUCCACCAGCCUCCUCCUAUGCAAGUGCUGGGAAUCGGAAGACGACGACGACGAAUUCGACUUUGUCGUGUGCAAUCCCAUGACCGAGCAGUGGACCGUGCUGCCUCCUAUAGAAUGGCCGGACCAAGACGAUGGAGAACCCCAAAGUUUCGAGCUGAUGUAUCCCUUCCUGGUUUUCGACCCGGCCGUUCCGUCUCGUUUCGCGGUGUUCGCGCCCCUCAUGGAGUCGGUCGACGUCGUGGCGGUAUACUCAUGGGAGACCGGACAAUGGGCUCCGAGCAGCGGGUGGGAAGACAUAGCGCAUCCCGCCGUCGAUCCGGAAUGCGCCGUCCUCCUCAAUGGCAUGAUGCAUUUUCUGCAUUUGACGGUCGACGAGCCCUUGAUAGCCGUGCUGGACACGGAGGGGCAGGUUUGUCGGGAGAUUGCUGUCCCGGAUGACAUGCUAGGAGCCAUACCUGGUUAUGGUUCGGUGGGGUGCUCUCAGGGACUCCUUCAUGCUUGGUACAUGGAUCCUCAUGAUUACGAGCUCUCUGUGUGGGUGCUCAAGGAUUAUUAUGCUACUACCGAAGAAGAGUGGACCCUAAAGCAUACCGUCGACGUCCCGCGUCUCUUUGGAGAAAAAACGGAAUCCGAUGAAGAAGAAGAGGAUUGUCGCCGCCAAGAGGAUGGGGCCCAUAAGUACGAUGUGUUUGCAAUGCAUCCGGAGCAUAAUGUUAUCUUCCUUACUGAUUGGAAGGAGGUAAAUCUGUCGUACGAUAUGGACAGCAGGCAAGUGCGUCCCAUAUGCACCACUGGAGAUUUCCUGGGUGGUCUGCCUUUUAUUCCCUGCUUUGCCGAUUUGGCUCGACCUUUGCAAAAUUCACUCUUCUAG